AUGAACCUCAAAGCCUCAGCUCAUGCCAACUCAACACUGGAUAUUUGGAAACGACUACGAGCCUUGAAGAGCGGCAAAGAGAAGAUUAUUCUCGAUGGCAAAAAUCUCGACAUUGCUUCUCUUAUCGCAGUCGCUCGUCAUGAUGUCAAGCCUGAGAUCAGCAAAGACGAGGAGCUCGCGCGCCGCAUCGCUCUAAGUGUUGACGCACUAGCUGAGUACUUGUCACACAAAUACGUAGUAUAUGGUGUCAAUACAGGUUUUGGAGGAAGUGCAGAUGUUCGAACCGCCGAAUGGUUGGAGAACCAAAUCGGCGCUCUCCAACAUACACAGAGUGCCAUCAUCACUUCUACUGACAAGAAUCCUGGGAGCAACUCUGAAAGAGAGACUUCUCACGUCAUGCCCCCUGAAUGGGUUCGAGGAGCUAUCCUUACUCGGGCGAACCAGAACAUGCGUGGACAAAGCGCUGUUCGGCUGGAAGUAUUGGAGAGGUUGAUCAACCUGCUUCACCGCGAUAUUACCCCUAUGGUUCCUAUUCGAGGUACUAUUUCAGCGUCUGGAGAUCUCAUGCCUUUAUCUUACAUCGCUGGGGCGGUCACUGGAAACCCUGAUGUUUUCGUUCAAGUGGGCAGAGGGUCGUCAGCCAAGGUGAUGCCUUCAGAUGAAGCUCUACGGGCCAGUGGUCUCUCACCAAGUGGUCUUGGGCCGAAAGAAGCUCUCGGUCUUAUCAAUGGAACUGCUCCAUCUGUAUCUGUUGCCAGCCUGGUCCUCCAUGACGCUCAACAGCUGGCUGUGCUUGCUCAGGUUUUGACAGCAUUCGCAUCCGAGGCCAUGGGUGGCAACGUUGAGUGGACAACCCCUUUUAUCCAUGCUGUACGACCGCACCCUGGCCAGAUUGAGGCUGCUGCCAACAUAAGAAGCUUUCUGAAAGGUUCGGAAUUCGUCGUCGGACUAGACGAACGCAAGAGAACUGGUGAAGGCCUUUGGCAAGAUCGAUAUUCUACUCGCACAAGUCCCCAAUGGAUUGGUCCUUAUCUAGAGGACUUACUUCUUGCCCAGAGACAGAUCUCCGUGGAAUUAAAUUCGACAUCCGACAAUCCCUUAAUUGACGCAUCAGAGAAGGAUGGAAAAGUGGUUGGCGAUGUGUACUCAGGAGGGAACUUCCAGGCUGUUGUUGUAACUUCCGCCAUGGACAAGACAAGACUUGCUCUCCAGAUGAUUGGACGCAUGCUCUUCUCUCAAGUCAGCGAGAUGAUUAACCCCUCGACCAACAAUGGCCUUGAAGCCAAUCUCAAUAUUAGCGACAAGGAGAAUUUCACCAUGAAGGGCAUCGAUGUAAACAUGUCUGCCUACAUGUCUGAGUUAGCUGCCCUCGCUCACCCGGUCUCGUCUCACGUCAUGUCGGCUGAGAUGAAUAAUCAGGGCAUCAAUUCACUUGCUCUGCUUUCAGCUCGACGAACCAUGGAGGCUGCUGAUCUUGUUGCUCAUAUGUGUGCUUGUCACAUUUACGUUUCAUGCCAAGCAGUCGAGCUUCGGGCGACACAUCGACUUUUCCUGGACACACUCCGCGAAAAAGUACUUCUCAACAAAACGGAGAAUGGACCUUUCCACGCUUUUGGCCUCGGUGAUGCCGCUAUCGAGAGAAUCAGCGAGGCUGUUUUCGCUGUCGUCGAACGGGAGUGGUUUGACCACAAUAUUGGUUGCUGGAAGGAUCGUAUUGUACCCACCGUCGAUGCUGUAAUGGCACCCGUUGCGCAAUUCCUGACUGCCGAGAAGAUCGAUUGUCCGAUAUCUAGUCUUGCAGUGUUCCGUGGCCAGUUCCACAAAGCGAUCGUAGACACAGCUUCCUCCAUAUUCUAUCCUAAUAUGGCACUAAGCUCUGUCGACGUGGCCACCAAACUAGGCGAUGGAACCGCUCCAUUGUAUACUUGGGUUCGAUCCAAGUUGGAAGUCCCGACACAAUGUGGUCUUGAUGAUGAUCCUCUAUACAACGUACACAAAGGCCUUCUAACUGAGGGUAAGAAGACUAUUGGUAGCUGGGUGAGCAAGGUUUAUGAGAGCGUCAGGGGUAACAUGAUGGAUGCUAUCAUGGGGAGCAUCGAGACUGAACGUUCAGCACCCCGGACAGUUGAGGAGUAUGAGAAGCUUUGUCAGUAUCUGAGACAGACUGAAUAG